UACCUAGAAAUCAAACUGUUUUCAAAGCUACUGGAGGAAAGAGAUCUAGAAAGUCCAGCCAACAGGGCAAAGUUCGGAUGCAUGAUUUGAUACAAGAGAUGGGUUGGGAAAUUGUUCGCCAACAAUCUAUUAAAGAUCCUGGCGAGCGUAGCCGGUUGUGGAUUCCUCACGACGUCUAUAAUGUUCUAAAAAACAACAGAGGAACCAGAGCAAUCGAAGGAAUAUACCUUGACAUGUCUAUGAUUGAUGAUGAUCUACACUUGAAACCUACAGUUUUCAACGAGAUGCAUAGACUGAGAUUGCUCAAGAUAUACAUUGCAAAUCAUUCUGAUGAUCAUAAAUUCAAAAUAUAUCUUACUGAAGGUCUGCAGUUUCUUCCUCCUUCCUUAAGAUAUCUUUGCUGGUAUAGCUACCCAUUAAAAUCUUUGCCAUCGAAUUAUGAGGGGGAAUAUCUCGUUGAACUUGACAUGCCCUGUAGCGAGCUUAAGCAACUUUGGAGUGGUGUACAGAAUCUUAGAAAUUUGAAGCGUAUUAAUCUUGGUUAUUCCAAACAACUCAUCAAACUUCCAGAUCUAUCUCGAGCUCCAAAGCUAGAAAGUAUUAAUCUUGAGGGUUGUAUAAAUUUAGUUGAAGUUCCUCCGCUUAAUUUCCAAGGAUGUUUUGGAUCUCUUACACUACGUGGUUGCAUUAAGAUUAAAUCACUCCCAAAGAUAUCGGGGAAUAUCAAAUACUUGAAUUUAGACGGGACUGGAAUAAAAGAAUUGCCCUUAUCAAUUGGGCGUUUAGAAAGUCUUGUGGAAUUGAGCCUUCGUGAUUGUCAACAUAUCAAGAAUCUUCCAACAGCUUCUUUUCCGAGAAAUAUACAAGUUUUAAAUUUGAGCGACUUGUCAAUAAAACAAGUGCCCUUAUCAAUUGGGUUGUUAGAAAAUCUUGUGGAAUUGAGCCUCGAAGGUUGUCAACAAAUCAAGAAUCUUUCAGCAGCUCUUCGGAGAAAUCUGAAAAUAUUGAAUUUGCAUUACUCAUCAAUAGAACAAGUGUCUUCGUCUUCAAUUGAGGGUCUUGAUUGUGUGAGGGAAUUUCGUCUUGGAGGAUGCAAAAUGCUUGAGAGUCUCCCAACUAACAUUUUUAAGUUGAAGUCUCUUCAAAUCCUUAAUCUUUGGGAUUGUUCGAGAUUGAAAAAAUUCACAGGGAUCCAAGUGUUAAGCAACGCAGUUAUAAUUGAAAAGUUUUUUGGGCUCCGUCGUCAAGAUAUGAGUUCGCGUAAAAAACUCGAGUUUGUCCCAAAAUGGAUUUAUUAUUUAAGUUGUCUAAAAUUCUUGUCCCGCCACGGGUGUUUGGAACCUGAACAUCUCCAAGUCAAGCAAUUUUCAUUGUUCUCUUUCGCCCGACUAGAUCUAGGUAACUGCAGUAUAGUAGAAAUUCCAAUUUGGCUGAGCCAUUUAUCCUCGUUAACCGUGUUAGGUCUAGGCGGGAACCCAUUUGAGAAUAUACCAUCAAGCAUCAUACAACUUCAUCAGCUGGAAAGACUCUUAAUUUGCGAUUGCAAGAAGCUCCGAUCUUUGCCACAACUUCCAUCGUCUGUUAGUGAUCUUGAUGCAAGUGGAUGUACUUCUCUGGAGACAAUAUCAAGUUCGGGUUGCUAUGGAUUAGACAAUAUGAAGGGCCUAAUUUUCAAAACAUUUUUGUUCCAAAAUUGCCGGAAACUAGGACGGAAUGCACGUAGCAUUUUAACUGAUUUCUUAUACGGAGUUGAUAAAUUGAAUUUGGGAGGAAGAGAUCAUUCAAUUAAAGUAUGUUAUCUGGGAAAUGAAGUUCCAAAGUGGUUCAGGCAUCAAGACGAGGGGAUUUCAACAACUAUGAAGCUUCCCCAUGGUUGGCAUAAUUCUAAUUUUAUGGGUUUUGCCUUUUGCAUUGUUGCUCCAAUAUUCCCAGUCGGCACAGUCUCCUAUUCUUCUAAGUACAAUGGGUUUAUAGAAAUUACGUUUGACUUACAUCUUAAAACCAAGUGCGGUCAAAUCCACAAAUAUGACAACACUUGCGGGGGUGAUUUCUGGAUCUACCCCGAUGAUAUUAGUUCAGACCAUGUGUUCGUGCGAUGCGUCACUAACAGCUUGUUCAACAGACAUCUUGAUGCAGUGGAGGCAUCAUUCCAUUUCAAAGCUAGAGUUUUUACGCACAAUGAGAAUUGUGAUUCGAUUGUGAAAAGGAAUGGAGUUGGGUUGGUAUAUGCAUGCAAAUGAUUGCUUUUGUGAUUGAGGAGGAGGAAUCAGCUGCUAUCAAGAACGACUCUGUUAUUAUCUAUCUGAAAGGAAGGUGAAAAGACAAACUUGAAUUCUGAUGUUGGAGAGAAUAUUUUCAGCAUUUUCAAAGAUUGAUAGGU